CGUUGGUCCUCGAAACGUUGCUUCUUGACCAUUCCGCAUUCGCUCAACCUUUUUGUCUCUGUGUGACGACUCGAUGGCGGUGGCAGCAGCGGCGACGAGUUUUCCGCGCGGUAGGAAGCCCAAGGCUCCGAGCCAGAAGGCAAGCACGUCUGUGGCCGCUCCGGGCGAGGCGCUGUUCGGCAAGCGCGGCCUGGCCGUAGCAGCGGAAGAGCAGCCCAAGAAGAAAGCCAAGAAAGCAGUUAAGAGUGAGAAGACCGGCGCGAAGGAUGAGCUGAAGGCCGCCAAGGCUACACUGCUCAGCUUCAAGACACUGCGCAAGGGCAUGCUAUUGCUCGGCUGCGUGCGUCAGGUCACGGACGGCCAGGACCUGAUGAUCAGUCUGCCCAACAAACUCAACGGUACUGUGGCAUUGAGCGAGUGCUCGGACGAGUUCCACGAGUUCCUUCAGACCCAAAAGAAGGCGAAGCAGCAGGACGAGGAGGAAGAGCAGCUGCAGCCACUCAGUACGAUCUUCAAAGUCGGCCAGUUCGUGCCGUGCGUGGUGCUGGCCACAGGCAAGACCGACAAGCGCAAGCAGAUCCAAUUGUCUCUACGCACGUCGUUGAUCCACGCUGAGCUGAGUCCUAGCAGCCUCACUAAAGGCGCUUCUCUACACGCUACCGUGUCGUCUGUAGAGGACCACGGCGCUAUUGUCAACCUGGGCAUCCGUGGUGUGCACGCUUUCGUGCCCCGCAAGGAGCUCGCGACGCCUGUGCACAAGGGUCAACACUUACUGGUUAACGUGGUGUCCAUGAACACACACACCAACACAGCCACAGUGACUAUCGACCGCAGUCAAGUGGUAAAGGCCGUGACGCGCGGCGACUCGUUCACAUUGAAGCAACUAGUACCUGGCAUGUUGCUUAACGUCCGUGUCGAGGACGUUCUGGAAAACGGACUGAGCGUCACGUUCCUCACUUUCUUCACAGCUACAGUCGAGCAGAACCACAUGAGUCUGCCUUGUGAACGCGGCUGGGAAGAGUCCUACCGCAAGGGCAUGAAGGCUCGUGCGCGUAUCAUCAGCAUCGAUUACAUCGCCAAGCAGAUCACGCUGUCGAUGGCGCCACACGUGGUGCAUAUGCAGGUUCCAGAGUCGCUGUUCUCGGUCGGGGAUAUUAUCGAGGAAGCCACUAUUGAGCGGAUUGAUGCAGGUGUUGGUAUGUUGCUAUCGCUGAAGAACCAGGACGAGGAUGUCGAGAUGGGAGAUGCCAGCGACAAGAAAGAGUCCACUACAAAUGCCAAGUGGAAGGCCUUUGCGCCUGGAUAUGUCCACAUCUCCAACGUCUCUGACAAGCGCGUGGACAAGUUGGAGAAAAAGUUCACUGUGGGCUCCAGUAUCAAGUGCCGUGUGUUAGGCUUCUCGCCGUUUGAUGCGGUCGCUAGUGUGAGCUGCAAGGAGCACUCAAUUUCGCAGACGGUCCUGCGUCACAAAGACUUGAAGCCUGGAACGAAGGUGAACGGCAAGAUUCUGUCUGUCGAGCCAUGGGGGAUUCUUAUGGAGAUCAGUGAAGGUGUUCGUGGUCUCGUGACUCCGCAGCACAUGCCGGCGUUCCUGCUGAACAAGAAGGCGAACAACGGCAAGUACAAGGUUGGAAAGACGGCGAAUGCGCGAGUGCUGCACGUGGAUCUUGACGCCAACAAGACGUACUUGACUAUGAAGUCGGGACUGCUCUCUUCGGACCUGCCUGUCUUGAGCUCAUUCCAGGAGGCUACAAUGGGGCUUAUUGCACACGGUUUCAUCACCAAGAUCGGCGAGUACGGUGUGAUUGUCACCUUCUACAACAACGUGUACGGUCUGGUACCUAUGGCUGUGCUUCAACAGGCUGGUAUCGAGAACCUGGAGGAAGCUUACGUGCUAGGCCAAGUGGUGAAGGCUCGUGUGACGCGUUGCGAUCCCAACAGGAAGCGUUUGAUGCUCUCGUUCGACACGACGUCCAACAGCUCGAGUAAUAAGCCUACAGCCGCUCCGGAAACUGCGUCGAAACUAGUGGGAACGACGAUCACUAACGUCAAGAUUACGGACGUUGAGACCACGUGCUUCCGUGUCCAGACUAAGGACGGUAUGGAGGGUGUGCUUCCGUUCGUGCAGCUGACAGACUUCCCGCGCAAUACGCCACUGGUGGACGAGAUUGUGAAGCGCUUCAGUGCUGGUGACGUGAUCUCAGAGCCGCUGCUUGUUGUGUCUCAAGAAUCCGAUGGCGUGUUGACGCUCUCGAAGAAGCCGCUGCUGCUUGAGUUCGCCUCGCGUAAGGCCAUUGUGCCGCGUACCUUCGGAGACGUGCAGGAGAAUGCAGUUCUUAUUGGUUACGUGACGUCCGUCAACGUCUCGAAGGGCGUGUUCGUCAAGUUCCUGAACAACGUUGUUGCAGUUGCCCCCAAGGGAUUCCUCAAGGAGCAGUUUGUUGCUCAAAUUGAUGAGGGAAUGUUCGAGAUCGGCGAGACUGUGACGUGCUCCGUUGAGAAGAUCAACAAGGAGAAGAAGCAGUUCGUUGUUGGCUUCCAACAAAGCAGCUUUGUACUGCCUACGAACAGCACCAACAAGGCACGUCCUGCUUUCUUUCAAGCGUAUCUUCGCGAGCAGGCUUCGGUUCGUAACGCUGCCGAGGUGAAGAAAGCUCCGUUUGCUUUGGGUAAGACGGAGAAGGCCGAGUUUGUUGGUGUGCGUCCGUAUGGCGCUGUCUUCGCUUUGGAGAAGGACGAGGAGACCGCGACGGUGCUGGUGCCUUCGGUGACUGAGAACAAAGAGUGGGAUGAAGGCGACAGUGUGAAGCUGCUGCUGACUGACUACGAUUUCAGCAAAAACGUUUACUACGGUGCUGUGGACGAAUCGCUGGUCAAGAGCGGAUCCAAGAAGUCGCGAAAGCAGAAACAGCGUGUAAAGGCUGGAGGAAAGAUCGCUGCUGCUUCGGUUUUGGCCGUGAGCCCCACAGAGAAGUACGCGGUGGUGUCCUUCCCGGACCCCCAGAACGCUGAUCUGCUGCAGUUUGGUGUGGUGCAGCUGUGUGACUUCUGGUGUCCGUCGCAGACCAGCAGCCAGCUCGGCAUUGAAGUGGGUGCAUCAAUUGAGUGCCGCGUGGUGCAGUCCACGCUGAAGAGCGGCUCCAACUCGACGCCGUUUGAUGAUCUGGUUCUGCUGGCUCUUGAGGAAGACGAAUUGGUGACGAAGUCGAAGAUUUCUUCGCGCAAGGCGUCGUUCAAGGCCCCCAAGUACACCCACGAGGACCUGGUGCUUGGUAGCACUGUGACCGGUGUCAUUUCCGGUAUUUCGGAGAACUCGAUGGAGAUUCGUGUCGAGAGUCAUAAGAAGGCCGGAAAGGUGCGCGCAGUGGUGUCGAUCGUUGAUGUCGACGGUAUCGACGAAAAGUCUGGACACUCUCAUCCGUUCGACAGGUACUCGGUCAACACCACGGUUACUGGCCGAGUGAUCGCCGUCACCGCCAAGGGUGCCAACAAGCUGAAGCCUGUUAGCGAGGAGAACCCGGCCAAGUUCCAUGCGCUGCAGCUGUCUUUGCGUUCUGAAGAUGUGGCUGGCGACGAGAAGGUGAAGGAUGUACAGCGUUUUGUCCGUCCUGACUGGUUGGAGGGAAGCGCCGGUCGUGCGCUCCUGAAGGAAGGCAACUCCGUCGAAGGCGUCGUGUCAGACCAGGAUGUCGACUACCUGACGAUCAAGCUUAGCAGCAACGUCACGGGCACUCUCAGCUGCGUCGAAGUGUCUGAAGAUGUGGAUGUUAUUCGCGAGUUCCAGGACAAAUUCCCCGUGGGCAAGCGUGUCAAGUGCUUUCUGCUCCAAGUGGACGAUGAGAAAAAGACGGUGGAUCUGUCUGUGAUUCACUCGUCGUCGGCGCAGUGCAAGGCUGUUGUAAAGUCCGGAGCCAUUGUGAAUGGUGUAAUUUCGACCAAGAAGUCUGCUAUCCGUCCGCCUUCGAUCAUGGUGCAGCUUGGCGCUCACACUUUCGGUCGUGUGUGCAUCACUGAGCUGCAGACCAAGUGGGAGAAUGAUAUGCUGGAACUGCCUCAGUUCGCGGCUGGUAAGGUCGUGCGUUGUGUUGUGCUGUCAACUAGCAACAACCACAUCGACUUGUCGCUGCGUGAAGACGCUCUGGCGAACCCGAAGGAGUACGCGAAGAAGACCUCGAAGCCUGCUGACCGUAGCGUGGGUGAUUUGGUCCCUGCUAUCGUUGCCACAACCACCUCGAGCGGAUGCUUCGUACGUGUCGACCGCCACACAACAGCUCGUGUCAUGCUCCGUGACCUGAGUGACGACUUCGUCAAGGACCCACAGACCCAAUUCCCGUCGGGCAAGCUGGUUGCUGGACGUGUGACGAAGAAGUCUGACCGCGGACUUGAGCUGAGUCUGAAGGCUUCUGUCGUCUCGGACGACGUGUCAGUGUUUAAGUGGAGCGAUCUCAAGGAGGGACUGACGGUGAAGGGUACGAUCACGAAGGUGCAGACGUACGGUGUCUUUGUUCGUAUUGAGAAGACCACCAUCAGUGGUCUGUGUCAUAUUUCGGAGAUCGCAGACGAGAAGGUGACGCAGCCAUUGGAUCAGAUCUUCUCGGAGGGAGACUAUGUCAAGGCCAAGGUGCUUAAGGUAGAGGAUCGUCGUGUGUCGUUUGGUCUCAAGCCUUCGUACUUUGAGGGUGAAGAGAGCAGCUCGGAAGAGGAGUCGGAUGACGAAGAGGCUGACAGCGACGAGGACGAGGCUGAGCCUAUGGAUGUCGACGAGGAGGAAGCUCCAAUGAAGAAACAUGUGAAGAAAUCGAAGCCUGUGGCGAUGGAGAUUGACCUGGGAGACGACGAGUCCUCGUCGGAAGAGGAAGAUGCGAGCAGCGCUGCUCCCGUUGAGUUCAGCUGGGAUGGAUUCUCCAACGCUUUGAGCAAGAAGACGGACUCGAAGGACGAUGACGAGUCUUCUUCUGAUGAGGAGGACGAGGAGGAGGCUACAAACUCUUCCAAGGCCAGCAAGAAGAACCGUCUGCAGAGUGAUGAAUGGGUGGCUCUGCGCGAGAAGGCUCUGGCUAGCAACGAGGAGGUUCCCCAGAGCGCGAGCGACUACGAGCGUCUACUGGCUGUUUCACCGCAGAGCUCGUACCUGUGGAUCCAGUUCAUGGCCUUCCACGUCUCACUGACGGAGAUUGAUCUUGCUCGUGAUGUUGCCGUACGCGCUACGUCUGCUGUGUCGUUCCGUGACGAGAAGGAGAAACUGAACGUGUGGGUGGCGUACCUCAACUUGGAGCACGACUUCGGUGAUGAUGCCAGCUUCCUGCGCGUGUUCAAGAGUGCGCUGCAGGUGAACCACCCCAAGCGCGUGUACCUGCACCUGGUGGACCUUUACGCUCGCGCCGAGGAGCAUGAAGACGUGAAGCAGACGCUUGCUACCAUGCAGAAGAAGUUCCGCACCAGCAAACAGACGUGGAUCCGCUCGUUGCAGUACUUAGUGGGCGAGAAGCAGUUCGCAGAGGCCGCAGAGACACUACAGCGCAGUCUUAAGAGUCUCGCUGCGCACAAGCAUCUUCCAGUUAUCCUCAAGUACGGCCAGCUCCUGUACGAGCAGGGCGAGCUGGACAAGGCCCGUACGAUCUUCGAAGGUAUCCUGGCUAAUUACCCGAAGCGCAUGGACCUGUGGAAUGUGUAUCUCGACAAGGAGAUCAAGUUCGGCGACGUGGCGCUGGUGCGCGCCCUGUUCGAGCGUCUACUGGCUAUGGACUUCUCGGCUAAGAAGAUGAAGUUCUUGUUCAAGAAGUACCUGCAGUUCGAGCAGGACCAGGGCGACGACGAGCACGUGGAACACGUCAAGCAGCUUGCCAAGGACUUUGUUGCUAGUGCUGCGGCCAAGUAGAUCCCCGUCGCCAUUAGAUAACUGAAUAGAGUAUGUAGUUUUGCAGCAAAAGGUAGGGG